AUGGUCACUUAUGAAGACGGCUUUGUUGAGUCAUUGAGUCUUAUGAAUGGUUUAGAGGUUGAUGAUUCGAGGACGAAUCCUCUUAAAGAAGGAGGGGAUGAUGAGAAUCAUGUAGCCUUCCAUGGUGAUUCUCCUAGUGAAGGGAAUGAGCUAGUAUUUUAUUCUAGUUUUGGAAUGCCAAGUUUACUUUGUAGGCCAAUCAAGGAAGAAAGCAUGGAUCUUGACUACCUAUGUGAUAGGGAGUUGGUUCAAGAGAGCUAUGAUCAAGUUGAUGAGAAUGUCAUUAACUUUGGGGUUCAAACCCAAGGAGAUGAUUCACUCAUGGAAAUAAGUGCUCAAGAGUUUCAAAGGAAGUUUGACUCUAGGUGCUCCAUGAACAUCAUUGAUCAAGCUAGAGAGAAGAAUCAUUUAGAAGCACUUGAUUCCAUAACAAUUGACAUCAAGAUUAUUAAAACUGAUGUUGCGAAGAUAUCUCUGAGACAACCGAUUAAAGCCACAUGGACAUCAUCUCAGGAUCUCAAAUUAAAGGAAGUCUUACUUGCUCUUUUAACUCAAAUUCGUGGAAAGCUUCCUGAUGAUUAUCUUGAGAAGACUAAAGGUGAUUUGGUGCAAGCGCUUUGGCGUUCUUUGAAACGCCAUAGGUAUCUCGUAUUUUUGGAUGAUAAAUUGCAAACUGUUAAAGGAUUACCUCUCACAAUCGUCGUUGUGGCUGGAAUUUUAUCAAAUACAAAGCAAGAGGCUUCGAAUGAAAUUCUUGAAAGUUUAAGGUCCGGCAUCAUCUCCAGUACAGAGCAAUGCCACAAUGCGAUAGAGCUAAGCUACAGAUGUUUACCAGAACAUUUGAAGUCGUGUCUCCUCCUUUUUGGAGUAUAUCCAGAAGACCAUGUGGUUUCUGUCAAGAGGUUGAUUUGGUAUUGGAUUGCUGAAGGGUUUGUUCAGAAAUCUAAGUUAAAGAGCUUAGAAGAGGUUGCGACAGAUUACUUUAAAGAAUUUGAUUGCCCGAAGCUUGGUUAUGGAGACCCAAAAAAGCUCCAGUGGAGGUGUUGGAUAUUGAGCAAGUUGAAACUUGAAACCAGCCUUGGUUUUCCUAGUGAAAUAGGACUUCUAGUCCAGUUGAUAUUUUUGGCAAUCCAAGUUACUUAUGAACGUGUCAGUCCAUCGAUAGGUAACCUUUCUAACUUAGAAAUUCUGAUUCUUCGUGGACAAAGUGGUGUUGUCUUUCCAAAAACAUUCUGGAAUCUGCAAAAACUGAGGCAUCUGCACCUGACCUCAAUGGGAUCUGGCAUUGAGUUGCGAGUUAAUGAUAAUCUUGAUGGCUCCUCCAAUUUGUAUGAGCUAGUCAGUUUUUCUACCCUAAUAAGUCCCAACUGGAGCAUCAUGGAAAAGCUAUUGAGAAAGCUUCCAAACAUCCGCCAGCUACGAUGUGAACUCUAUGGAUCUCAAGUAGACCCCAACCCCAGUAUUGGUCGCAGUCUUAUGUCCUUCUCAUUCCUGAGUCGGCUGGAAUCACUUCAUUUGUCAUUUUGGCAGGGUUGCACCAGUUGUUCCGAGCUUGUUUUCCCGGAGAAACUUAAAAAGUUAACUCUGUAUGGAGGUGAGUUUCCCUGGGAAAAAUUCAAACCUGUUGCACAAUUACCUCAUCUUGAGGUACUCAAAAUAAUUGAUGACUAUUUUGUUGGGGAAACAUGGAACGUGGAAGAAGGGGAAUUCCCGGAACUUAGAUUUCUUAAGUUGCAAUCACUGGAGUUUGUCAAGUGGACAGUUUCGGAUGGGUACGAGUUCCCCAACCUCCAGAAGUUGGUGCUACAACAAUGUCGUUUGCUGGAAGAGAUUCCUGUUGAGUGCUCGCAAAAUACUCCAACUCUUGACAUGAUUGAGGUCUAUAAUUGUCUGGACUGCGUUACAGAUUCAGUUGACCAAAUCCGAGAAGCGCAGAUAGAUUUUGGGAAUUCGGGUUUUCAGGUUCUUGUGCGUUCUCAUAUUGAAGUGGAGUGA